AUGUCUUCUCUAUCUGAAGAUGCGAAGCCCUUCUUGCCAAGCGAAAGUGGUGAUUCCAGUUUCGACUUAGCCCCGGCUGAGAGAUCGAGACUGCAGCAAGACCGAUUGACGGAGCCUCGCUGGCGAAGACGACUCUGGAUCAGCCAUGUGAUCUUCUUGGGAUUCAACGUGGCGUUCCUCAUCUACAACAUUGGUGAUGUUGGGAAACAUGUCGGGCCAGAGGCCGCAGUGCUCGAAAAAGCCUACUGUGAGAAGCUUUUCCUUCGCCUGGGUAAUACAAUGGUGCUGAUAUCGAAUCUCCUAGCACCGGCACAGAUGGCAAUUAGUUAUACAGUCAAGGAGGAAGCCCCUAUGUUGCCCGAUAACGUGCUCACCGGCCCACCCGGCCCCGAGGCCGACAAGGCGUGGGAAGAACUUGAGAAACGUUCUCUGAAGACGAGAUGA